CCAAUCGGAGCUACGCUUCCGGCUACGGUGACGGCCCAAUGGGCGAACACCGGCCACGGAUAGACGCUGACGAUCGCUGAUUUUGACAGUCGACACACGACGACGAUAGUAGUACACCGUGCCCGUGGCUGGCCGCUGCCUUCUCUCCUUCCCGGCCGAGAACCGAAUCUGCUCUUCCUACGGGAGGUCCUUCCGCGGCCCAACGGAUCAGCGGUACGUUUCAGUUCUCCGACGAGGUUCAGUGUGUUCGAGGCGCGUACCUCGGGACUCGCGCGCUCUGCGUCUCGAAUACCGGUUCAUCGGCGAGCGACAGAAAUCCUGCCAUCGGUGUGUUGAUUUUGAACCAACGAACUGUUGAUGUUGAUUUUGGACGAUGAUCUUCCGCACAUGAAUUCGGUGAACGGUCGAGGACACCGUUGCAAGAGGGGAGAGAUAGGAAGAAGGAAAAGUGUGGUCGAAUAGAGAUCACGUGGCCGAAGUUGAGAUCCAAAGAUCCCUGGGAAGUUGCAAGAUUUUUCAUAGCGAAAGACCGUUGUGGCCCUUCGACAUCAUCGGAGUUGCGAUUUUCCUGGUAGUUCUCUUCGGUUCGUCCUCUCUCCGAUUCUCUCCCUCUCUUGUCGACGAUUCUCGGCCUGGUGACAAGUGUCCGUCCAGUGGCAGCGCAAAAAGACUGCGCGGAUGACAGCGAGCGGAUAAAAUUACGCGCAGAUGCUGAGACAAACAGAGACAGUGGCGACCGCGAAGCCUCGGUAGUGUGUCCCUAAGACGAUCCUCGUCAGAUCUGAUAAGUGUUCUCUGCUUAUUUUAAACGAAUAUCACUCUAAAUCGAAUCGAGCUAGUCGAUAGAGGCGAGAAAAUCAAAUUGUCAAACUUUCUGCUUCGAUCGUCAGAUCGACCGAGGGAAUCGAACUCCGUGAGUGAAUUCGGUUGUCGUCUAGUAAGAGGAAAAGACUAACUGAGUGACAAGGGAGACAAAGUAAGGGGUGAUUUAAAUGCUCGCGUGAAAGCAACCGAAUGAGCUGCGUUAUGGAGUACCAGCAAUUGCCGCCACCGCCGGUACCAGGCGUGCUGCACCAAGCGCAUCAUCAGCAGCAUCAGCAACAACCGGUGCAACCGCCCCAUCCUCACAUCGUGGUCGCGCCUGCGCACCAACAGCAACCCCAACAACCACCACCGCCACCGUUACCGCCCACCUCGCACGGCCAUCAGGUGCACGCGCCACUUCCGCCCAUCCACGAGGACAGCACCAGCUCGCGUUGGAGCCAGUACCAGCAUUUAUGGAGGCAGCAUCAUGUAUACGUAAAUGGAAAACAAGGCAAAGAUGGACCGGAAGAGAAGAAGGACGCCGAUGGAGAACUAUGGGGCAACGUGGAAGCGCAGGCCGCCUUCCUCGGCCCAAAUCUCUGGGACAAAACUCUGCCCUAUGAUGCCGACCUGAAGGUAUUGAACCAUUACGUCGAUCUUGACGAGUUUCUCUCCGAGAACGGCAUUCCUGUGGACGGCGUGGCCGGCGGCGGACAGGGCACGAUGCAGAGCGGGCAACUGCACAAGAUCAACAACACCGAAACGCCAGGACACCAAGGACCGGCCGGUCUUCACUUAGAACCGGUCACCAAACGCGAGAGAUCACCCUCGCCGAGCGAGUGUUGCUCCCCUGACACUAUGAACCCACCCUCACCCGCGGACUCCAAUUCCGAGGACUCAUCACGAAUACAAUAUGGCUUGUCUCUUGUAGCGCUCUCGAUGGCCUCAUCGGGGCGAGACUUCGAUCCACGUACCCGGGCCUUCUCCGACGAGGAGCUCAAACCGCAGCCGAUGAUCAAGAAAUCACGGAAGCAGUUCGUUCCGGAUGACCUGAAGGAUGACAAAUACUGGGCGCGUCGUAGGAAGAAUAAUAUGGCAGCGAAACGAUCGCGAGAUGCACGUCGCAUGAAGGAGAACCAGAUCGCUCUCAGGGCCGGCUUCCUCGAGAAAGAAAACAUGGGCCUGCGGCAGGAACUGGACCGGUUAAAGAAUGAGAACAUGCUGCUGCGUGACAAGCUGAGCAAAUACACGGACGUCUAACAGUACGCCGGGCAAGCAACAGCUCGUCGUGGUAUUAAAAAAGAUACAGACACGAGCGUUUGUUGUGCCAGCUCCUCCCACACACUAUAGUCGCAGCACUUAGGUUUUUCGCCAGUUCGGAUGAAAGAAGAAUAAUAGAAAAAAAGAAAAAAAAACGAAAAAAAAGAAGAAGAUGAAGAAGGAAAAGGAAGAAGCGCGCCGAAUCGCAAGACCAUCUUCGAUAAAUUCGAACCAGCCCACCCUUAAUCCCUAGAGGAUCCCGAAGAUAUCCUUCGAUGAGAAUUUCUGCUAAUUCAUCUUUCUUCUCCUCUUUCCUUCGCUCUUCACAUGCUCAUAUACAUACACAAAAUGUGUACACAUACACACAUACACAUGUAAUUUCUUUUAACCCAUUCCCCUUUGGUCCUUCCUGAACUCCUUUCUCCCUUACCCAGCCCCUGAAAGCCACCCUCUCAAAAAAAAGUGUACAUAGUUAUAUGUAUAGUUAGAUUAUAUAUGUAUACAUGCAUACAUACACGGCCGUGUGUAUGUUUGUCUGUAAGCGUGACUCUGUGCGCGCGUGUACACGCGCAACCGCAUGCACACGUGUAUGUAUUUAUACGCGUACAUGUAUAUACCAUGCAGGUGUAUUAACCAGUCGGGUAUAUCAAUUCGCUGCAACGCAUUAUCGAGCAUUAUAUGUAUACACAUAUAUACAAGGAACGCGUACGUAUAUAUCUAUAUACAUAAAGAGACAUAAGCAUACACGUAUACACGCGGAACCGCAGACCGUGGAAUCGUUAGUGUGCGUGCCAGAUGCGAAUGAUGUAUAAACGGCAGGACUCUUUGAAACUUUUCCUUUUACGUCGGGUACGUUGAUCAAUCAAUUAAACGCUUUCUAUCGACUGUGUUGUAGGAAGAUUCAAUAGAAUUUAAUCUCAAUUAAUUCGUUAAGUAGAAGGCCGUAGUAUUUUUUGAAGAAUCCUUAAUUUUUUAAACAUAAUGAUUUGUAUACUUGGAUAUCUCUUCCAUUUCAAUGCACAGUAAUAUUUUAAUGUUAAUCAAAAUGAUUUUACAAUUGUUUUUAAAUAAGAUUUACGUUUGUAAAGACUAAAGAAACUGAUCCAUCUGAAAUUAAUUCUGAUCUAAGAUACUUUUUCAUUAAUUACUUGAUUAGAAAGUUCCUAUUAAUGAUAUAGUUGGAAGAUAUGAAUUUACUGGAGUAAAAUUAAAGGAAAAGCGAUCUAUUGGAAGAAUUAUCUUAACUGUAUUUACUAAACAUCUGACACGCACACGGUAAUCGCCACAUAAACAGGGCUGGAGCUGAUUAGAGUAAUAAGUGAAAGAUGUACGAAUGUGUUAAACACAGAUAGGCGCGCGUAGAAAUGAUCGAUAGUUGGAAAAUACGGCCGCAAGCGGUCCUUAAGCGUCUAUUUAAUCACACGCUGACUCUCGAGCUUCUGUUUGGUUCUUAUACAAUGCAGCCCCCAAAUCUGAUUAUUGCGGAUACAUUCUUGAUCUAACGUUUUUCUCGGUAGUCUAACUUCAAACGAGCCAUGAAGCAGCGAUUUUAAGGUUCUUGAAUGACGUCUAAAUUGGCCAAAUACAAUAACUAACAUUAUUGUAUUUCGACGUGGUUUUGUAAUCUAUCUGCAUUAUAUUUUAAAAGAGUAUCCAGUGAAUUUUAUAUUGGUUGUAACAUUUUCUAAUGGAACUUUUAAUAUUAGAGAAGAACGAGAAGCGAAAGAAUAUCCGUAAUUGGUGACUUGUUAAGAAAAAGGAAAAAAUGAGAAACAAAGAAAGGAAAAAGAGUUAAUUACGAACGAAGGAUACUUGGGAGAACGACGCUUUUCUGCGCACGGACUAGGUCCUAGUUCUCUAAGAAACGUUAAUUACUGUAGCGUAUCCCACAAGUGGUGAUGGUACACACACAAGUGAUUCUAGUUGUUUUUAUCGUAAGAUAGAGAUCAAGUGCUUCUUUUUUUCAUACAUAACGUUUUAAUCUCUCUCCUCUCUGUAGCGUUUCGUUUUUUCGGCGCUCGGUUGUAUGCCAGUUGGAUGAGUCGCUCGAAGAGCAACAUACACUCUCUCGAGUGCGGGGAAAGCGUCGCGACGCAUCUUUUAUUAUCGUUUUAUCAUGCUUCGACGUAGUCGAUGGCUGUCCGACAAUGGAUUCUCAUUAGAUGUUGUCUAUGGUGCUCCUCCCUUUUAUCUCUUGCUUUUCUACUUCAUCCUUCAAUUUUAUCAAUAUUCAGUAUAUAUUUUAUAUACACAGUUUAGGGAAGCAGUGGUCCAGUAAUUUGGAACUCCUUCCAUCUUUCCUUUCUUAUGCAAUGGAUAUAUUAUUGGCAAAUAAUUUCUUCUUUCUAGUCUUUUUUUUUUUAUCAAUUCUACUACUCUUAUAUUCGUUUGACCUGUUCUGUUAUUUCUUCUAUUAAAUCUAACUCUUCAUUUCUUCGUUCCUAUUUCUUUUCCUUUCAGUUUCCCAAUGACAUCGCAUUAUUUUAUUGUUAUUCUUCUCUUUCUAUACUUAUCUGUCUGUUGCUAAUAAUAUAUUUCUGUUAUCUGUCUAUUUAUCUCUUGAUAUCUAUCUUCUUUAUAUUUCAUUUGCCCAUUGUUUCAAUAUGUUCCCACACAAGCACCAUACAACUUGGAUCUUUUUUAAAUGUUUAUUGUUAUCUGUAAAUAUUUUUUACUAAGUACCACCGUACUAUUAGUUCUUUUUUAUGGCAAGAUAUAAUUGCAUAAAUCAAAAUUCUAGAGAAUCGUAUAAUGAUCAUUCUUAAAAAGGAGAUGAAGAGUACUUUUUUAUUGAAAGAAAAAGCAAUUGCAUGUUCCAUUGUUAAUGACGCCACGGCGAGAGUUAUACACAUGAUCAUAGGAAUAAAUCGUGUAUUAAAAGGGCUACCCUUCGGACAAGAAUAAAUAACGUAUAUCUCUGUUCGUAGUUGCUUCCUCUUGUCUGACAAAGAAAAGCAAAGAAAUUCAAAUGCGAAAAAGAAGAGUAAUCAUGAGCUAAGCCCACUCAUGCGCCUUUCACGAAUAAUACACAUGCGACUAAUAUUUUAUGUACUGUUGAUGCGCUAAAUGAUAAGGGAUUCUGCUCGUUGCAACGCUCAGUGACAAUAAUCGAGUAUAAUUAUUAUAUACACAUGUUUUUUAGCACCUUCUGCGACGUGAAAUCGGCAUUAAGAGCAUGUUCCCGGUGGAACUUUUUUUAUAUUGCGCCUGUUAUUCAUUUGUUACAUUAUUAAUUUGUUAUUUUAUCAUUUUUUAUCUGUUCCUUUUGACUCUACACUACACGAAUUCUCAAAGAGCUUAUAACGUAUAAUGAUAUAUAUAUAUGAUACAUCAUAGAUACUAUCAUAUAUACGUGUAUAUUUGUAGACAUAUACAAGAUGAAUUAAUUUUAUAGAAGGCUUUGCCAAUGACAGAUUCGCUUCGAAACCGCCAGUUUUUUAUACGGCAAUUACAUUUUCUAGUUAAUUAAAGUAUACGUACUCUGUACAUUUGUUUCUUUAUUUUUGCGAUCACGCGUUAAAACUUCAUAGAAUCGACUCUAUUUUAUAAUUGUAAAUUUUAGUUGGAACAGAGUCCAUGUAUAAUUAAUCGUGUCGACGAUAUGGAAAAUUGUUUUACGUCUUGUUAUCAUAUAUAUAUAUAUAUAUUUUCUUUUUUUCGCCGAGAUUUUAUGCACGUUGUAUAAUAUGAAAUUUUUGUGUAGUUUAUAGUAUAUACGCGGGUGAAUCUCGUAACUGCAAAAACGAAAUUACACGCGAAUUGCUUUUUCAGUUUAGACUCGUGAUUCAGCUCCUAGUAAAAUACGAUUGAAGAAAUUCGUUUAGACGUAUCCCUUUACUUGAUUGCGAAGAAGAAAUGAAAGGCAAAAGUUAGACAACAAAAAAGCGAUUUACGAAUGUGACAUUUAACAUUUCUAAAUGUAUUGCUAACUCCAUGCGUGAGGAACGUGAUAGAAUGAGGUAACACAGAUACAGAUUAGAUUAAGAACAUACAAUGCAAGGAACAUCUCCGCACUCAUUGUUCGAUCAGAUCACACAUAAAACACGUCGCUUUUUUGGCAUGCAGCCUGAUUACCUGAAAGAUAAACAGAACUCAUUAGAUUGUAACAUCCGAUGCAUCGAAAGCUAUUUAAAUAUGAAUAAUGGGGAAAAAUUGUCACACAAUGCCUAACAAAACGUACUUUUUGUAUCUUGUAACUGCGAUUAGUAGCGUCUAGCGACAAAUUACAACAAAGCCAGGCAUUUUUUGUUUCUUUUCCGAUUGUUAUAAAUAGACUGUGGACUCUGUAAAUUAUAUUCAUAAAAAUAUGAAUUUCCAUGUAUAUCCGCGGUCUAAUUAUAAAUAAUCCCUGCGUCGACAGUCGCCCUGAAGAUGUAAAAAAAAGGAAAAAAAAAAAGAAAGCAAAAAAAGUCGAGAAUGAAAAAGAGACGCUCGUUCACGUUUCUCGAAGAUCGAUAUUUGUAUAAGUACCUUCUAGUACAAGUUGCUAAUUAAUUAAACUACUUCGUAGCUUUCUAAGUGACCGGUCUUGGAUCUCGGCACAGUUUUCAAACAAUGACAAAACGAUGAAGCGCAAUAGUGUUUGUUGGUUAUGUAAAAUGAAAACAAAGGAAAUAGAAAAGGUAAACAAUGUGACCACGUGCGUGCGCACGUGGCGUAUGCGCGCGCGCUGAAUACUGCAGUCUGAGGAUAGCGAAGCAAAAAGAAAAAAAUCUAUAAAGAGAAAAAAUGUCGUAAAGGAGAAAUCGUAGAAAAAAGAUAAUUAGAGAAAAACACGGUAGAUGCAACUGACAGCUUUGCUCCAAUUAGAAUUUAACGACGAUGACAGAACGGAAGAAAAAGUAAAAAAGCAAAAAAAAAAAGCAGAAAAGAAAAGAGCAGAAAUAAAUGCAACAUAAUGGGAAGAGUUUUAGGUGACGUCGCCGCGUCCAUUUAAAUGACACGCCAUCCGAUCCAUUUGAAACGAAAAAGAUGAGAAAACAGUACACGCGAGAAUUAAAAUACGACCACCAACGUCAAAGUGUAUCACAUUUCGAGAAAUAUAUGUAUUUGUUAUUGUUUUCAUUGAA